UAAGCGACGGAUGGAGGCGGGCUGGUGACAUGGGCGGAGCGCGAAAAUCGGCCUGUGGUCUUAGGCGCAAGGGUGAUCGCAUGCCGCUGUCCGAGAUCAAAGGCCUGGGCAAGUAACUUGUGGCUGUUCUCAGGGUCCCUUCAGCGGUCUCCUUGUAGAGCUACGGUCGAAAGCCAGAGCCGGAGCGAGCCAGGGCCGGAGCGAGCCGGAACCGGAGCUGCCGGAGGGAGGGACUUCCGGUUUCUGGGCCCAAGACAGAGGGCGGGUCAGGAGUCAAGUUCUCGCGAGGCUGCGGCGUGAGAUCGAGAGACCAGGAACUUCAAAAUAGUGGCUGGAAUCCGGGUGACAGCAGGCAUUAAGGGCUGGCUACUGAACUGAAGCUGCUGGAAACUUGGGAAGACCAGGUGUACACUCAGGACCUAGAAUGACCAAGAAUGUGGAACCUUAAAAAAAGGGCGGCGGCCCAGGGUGUCCCAUAGGUCUCCCGUGUGACCAGGAGAGGCAGCGGCGGCGGUGGCAGCGGCAGCAGCAGCAGCUAGCAACCUGGUCAGGGUGCGCUCUCCAUCCACAGAGAUGAGCCGUCAGGCUGCUACAGCUUUACCCACUGGCACCUCAAAGUGUCCACCAUCCCAGAGGGUACCUGCCUUGACUGACACAACUGCAUCCAACAAUGACUUGGCGAGUCUUUUUGAGUGUCCUGUCUGCUUUGACUAUGUGUUGCCACCUAUUCUUCAGUGUCAGAGUGGCCAUCUUGUUUGUAGCAACUGUCGCCCCAAACUUACAUGUUGUCCCACCUGCCGGGGCCCAUUGGGAUCCAUUCGCAACUUGGCUAUGGAGAAAGUGGCCAACUCAGUACUCUUCCCCUGUAAAUAUUCCGCUUCUGGAUGUGAAAUAACUCUGCCACAUACCAAAAAGGCAGAGCACGAGGAGCUGUGUGAGUUCAGGCCUUACUCCUGCCCCUGCCCUGGUGCUUCCUGUAAGUGGCAAGGCUCCUUGGAUGCCGUCAUGCCCCACCUGAUGCAUCAGCACAAGUCCAUUACCACCCUGCAAGGAGAAGACAUAGUUUUCCUUGCUACAGACAUUAACCUUCCUGGUGCUGUUGACUGGGUGAUGAUGCAGUCUUGUUUUGGCUUUCAUUUCAUGUUAGUCUUAGAGAAACAGGAAAAAUAUGAUGGUCAUCAGCAGUUCUUUGCAAUUGUACAGCUGAUAGGAACACGCAAGCAAGCUGAAAAUUUUGCAUAUCGACUUGAGCUAAAUGGUCAUAGGCGGCGAUUAACUUGGGAAGCGACUCCUCGGUCUGUUCAUGAGGGGAUUGCAACAGCCAUUAUGAAUAGUGAUUGCCUAGUGUUUGACACCAGCAUUGCACAGCUUUUUGCAGAAAAUGGUAAUUUAGGCAUCAAUGUAACUAUUUCCAUGUGUUGAAACGGCAAUCAAAUAUUUCUGGCCAGUGUUUAAAAUUUGCAUUUGACUUCACAAAGAAUAAGCCACCCAUCUGCCUGCCAACCUAAAACAUUCCUGGUAGGUAGAAGCUAGACAUGAAGGUGAAUAAAAAGAAAAGCUGAUAAUACAGGAAGCAGUUGCAUGUAGUAACACUAAUAGAUUUUAAAAUAAUUCAACAGUAAACCACUGAAAUACAAUAUAUACCCAAGAUGGGCAUCUUUUGUAUUAAGAAAGGAAACGUUGUAAAAUAUUUCUGAACUUUGUACUUGUUGUAGAUUGAUUGUAUUGUUGACAAUUUUUCAGGGUGGGGGUGUGUGCUUGGUUUUCCUUUAACAAGCCAUCUGCGUGUCAUAGCCCACUGUUUUCCCCUUGUGAGUCAACACAUAGUGCUGCUGUGGUUUUGGUUUGGUUUUGGUUUUUGAUGUGUGUAUUUGCUAAUUUUUAUUCUAGUUUUUCAUUAAAUAAAUUUGACUUUUAUGUCA